CCAACCGUGAAAGUCACCACGCUUAUCAAGAACCAGCAGGUACAGAGAGCUUCACAAGCAGAGAACCAUGGCUCCGCUCAAUUCUACCAAACCCGAGGAGGAUCAGGUUUUGGUUGAAGAGAAAUCGUAUGCAAAAAUAUUGACGUUGAAUAGGCCUAGACAAUUGAAUGCCCUUUCAUUUCAGAUGAUUUCUCAGCUAUUGGAGCUUUUUGUUGCCUAUGAGGAGGAUUCUAAUGUCAAGUUGGUAAUUGUCAAGGGAAAGGGAAGAGCAUUUUGUGCUGGUGGGGAUGUUGCAGCUGUUGUUCGUGAUAUUAAUGAAGGUAACUGGAGCUUAGGCGCACAUUUUUUUUGCAAGGAGUACAUCUUAAAUUACAUUAUGGCAACAUAUCGUAAAACCCAGGUUUCAAUUCUUAAUGGGAUUGUCAUGGGAGGUGGGGCUGGCGCUUCAAUACAUGGUAGAUUCCGGGUUGCAACAGAGAACUCGGUCUUUGCAAUGCCGGAAACAGCUUUGGGACUCUUCCCAGAUGUAGGUGCCUCUUAUUUCUUGUCAAGACUCCCUGGAUUCUUUGGAGAAUAUGCUGGUCUUACGGGCACUAGGUUGGAUGGUGCUGAAAUGCUUGCAUGUGGUCUUGCAACUCACUUUGUCCCCUCACCGAGAUUGUCUUUGUUGGAAGAAGCACUGCACAAGAUAGAUUCUAGUGAUCCGGCCAUUAUUUCUGCAAUUAUUGAUAAAUACUCACAGAAACCUUAUUUGAAAGAGCAAAGUGCAUAUCACAGAUUGGAUGUCAUUGAUAGGUGCUUCUCUCGAAGAACAGUUGAAGAAAUUUUAUCUGCCCUUGAGAGAGAGGCCUUGAAUAAUACAAAGGAUGAUUGGAUCUCUGCAGCAAUUCAGUCACUGAAGCAAGCAUCUCCAAUGAGCCUAAAAAUUUCUCUGAGAGCAAUCAGACAAGGAAGGCUCCAAGGUGUUGGUCAAUGCCUUGUUUCUGAGUAUAGAAUGGUUUGUCAUGUCUUGCGAGGAAAAGUCAGCAAGGAUUUCAUGGAGGGCUGUAGAGCUUUACUGUUGGAUAAGGAUAAGAACCCAAAGUGGGAGCCCUCUAAAUUGGAGCUUAUUAGCGAUGAUAUGGUGAACUCGUACUUCUCUAUGGUGGAUGAUAAAGAGUGGGUGGAUUUAAAGCUUCCUGCAAGAUCCAAAUUGGCUAUAUAUGCCAUUGCGAAGCUUUAGUGUAUCAUGGUGAAAAGGGGAAAUUGCUUCACUAUUGAUUUCUAAGCCUAAGCUUCCUGCAAGAUCCAAAUUGGCUAUAUAUGCCAUUGCGAAGCUUUAGUGUAUCAUGGUGAAAAGGGGAAAUUGCUUCACUAUUGAUUUCUAAGCCUAGUGUUUCCUAGUUUUGGGUUUUUUAUAAGGUUUUGGGAGCCAAAACUUGAGGGAAAGGUAGAAGCACCCAACCCCAGUCAAAUAGAUCCGAAUUUAUUCUUACUCCAAACCCAAAAAAUAAAUAUUUCUUUUUUUAUUAUUAUUAUUAUUAGAAAAUGAUAUUAUUAAGUGAUAUUCCAGUCAUUUCUUAUAUUAUUAGAGGUCUAGGAUUAAGUACAAUAUGGAGUCUUGUGAUAUUUAAGAUUCCUCUUAAUCUUGUUAAUAUAUAUUAACUAGAGUUAAA